GAGCGCGGUAAAUCUCUAGUUGAUUUGCGGAGCGGACUCAGUCCCUGUGUUUUUAAACAGAAGGAGAGAGACACCACGACACGGCACUGUUUUUAGUCUGAAGUCAGUUUCUCAUUAUGGAGAACAGAGAGAGCAGUGAGAGAUCUUCAUCUGCAGAACCCAGCUGUGUGUCUAUGAAGAGUAAUAGAUCCAUGCCUACUCCUCCUGAAUUCAGUGAUGAAACAGUGACUCCUGAUCAACUUAUCUCCAGGAAGAGGAAGAGACAGAGAUCUUCAUCUCCAGAACCCAGCUGUGUGUCUAUGAAGAGUGACGGAUCCAUGGAUCCUCCUCUUAAAUUCAGUGAUGAAACAGUGACUCCUGAUCAACUCAGAGUAGGUGGAGAGCGAAGCAUCGCUCGAGGAGCCACCUCAGUCUUCUGUCUGAACAACACUUUAAGGAAUGUUACGGCGUCCCUGAAUAGACAUGAUCAACCAAUAAAUGAUGAACUACAGAGAGUCAAAGACCGACACAAAAGCAGCAUGAAGAACAAGUAUGAGAGAUUAUUUGAAGGAAACAAGCUCCAAGAGAAUGAAACCCUCCUGAACAGGAUCUACACACAGCUCUACAUCAUAGAGGGAGAGAGUGAAGGAGUGAAUGAAGAACAUGAGGUUUUACAGAUGGAGAAAACAGCCAGAACACAACACUCACAAGACACUCCAAUCUACUGCAAUGACAUCUUUAAAGCCUCACCUGAACCAGGAUGUGAGGAGAAGCACCAGAUCAAGACUGUUCUUACUAAAGGCAUCGCUGGAAUCGGAAAAACCGUCUCUGUGCAGAAGUUCAUUCUGGACUGGGCCGAGGGAAAAGCCAAUCAGGAUGUAGAUUUCAUGUUUGUGCUUCCAUUUCGAGAGCUGAACUUGAUCCGAGAUCAUCAGUACAGUCUUCACAGACUUCUGCUGGACUUUCAUCCUGAACUUCAAAAUCUGGACUCAAAGAUUUAUGAGGAGUGUAAAGUUGUGUUCAUCUUUGAUGGUCUGGAUGAAAGCAGAAUCACACUGAUGUUUUCAGACGAUGAGAAAGUUUCUGAUGUGACUGAGAUUUCAUCAGUGGGUAUGUUGAUGUCAAAGCUCAUGAAAGGAGAGCUGCUUCCCUCUGCUCUCAUCUGGAUCACCUCCAGACCAGCAGCAGCCAAUCAGAUCCCCUCCGAAUGCAUCAACCGUCUGACAGAGAUUCAGGGAUUCAAUGAGCCUCAGAAGGAGGAAUAUUUCAGGAAGAGAAUCAGUGACGAGCAUCAAGCCAGCAGAAUCAUCUCACACAUCAGAAGAGCAAGAAGCCUCCACAUCAUGUGCCACAUACCCGUCUUCUGCUGGAUCUCAUCCACUGUGCUUCAGAAGCUCCUGAAAGAAGAUCUGAGUACAGAAAUCCCUCAAACUCUGACUGAAAUGUACAUCCACUUCCUGCUGAUUCAGAUCAACAUGAGGAAUCAGAAGUAUGAAGAGAGAGAUCCAGAGAAACUUCUGCAGUCCAACAGAGAAGUGAUUGUGAAACUUGCUGAAGUGGCUUUCAAUCAGCUGAUGAAGGGCAAUGUGAUGUUCUAUGAGGAGGACCUGAGAGAGAGCAGUAUAGACGUCACUGACGCCUCAGUGUAUUCUGGGAUUUGCACUGAGAUCUUUAAGGAGGAAUCUGUGAUUCAUCAGAGGAAAGUCUACAGCUUCAUUCAUCUGAGUGUUCAGGAGUUUCUCGCCGCUUUCUAUGUGUUUUACUACUAUUUAACGAAGAACAAGGAACCACUGCAUGAAUUCAGAUUUUACAGAUCUGAUAAAGACUCUCUGUAUGAUCUACUAACAUCAGCAGUAGAUAAAGCCCUUGAGAGUAAGAAUGGACAGCUGGAUCUGUUCCUGCGGUUCCUGCUGGGCGUCUCACUGGAGUCCAAUCAGAGACUCUUACAGGAUCUACUGACACACACAGAGAAAAGCUCAGAGAACAUCAGGAGUACCACAGAGUACAUUCAAAAGAAGAUCAAAGAUGGACAUGGACUCUCCACUGGUCAAUCCAUCAAUCUGUUCCUCUGUCUGCUGGAAGUGAAAGAUCAGACUCUGUACAGAGAGAUUCAGGAGUUUGUGAAAUCAGACAAACACUCAGAGAAGAAACUCUCUCCUGCUCACUGCUCAGCAAUUGCCUACAUGCUCGAGAUAUCAGAGGAGGUUCUGGAUGAGUUUGAUCUGAAGAAAUACAACACAUCAGAUGAGGGUAGAAGAAGACUGAUACCAGCUGUGAUCAACUGCAGAAAAGCUCUUCUUUCUGGCUGUAAUCUCACUGUUCAGUGUUGUGAGAGUUUGUCAUCGGCUCUUCAAUCCCUAAAUGGUGUCCUGAGAGAGCUGGACCUGAGUAACAAUGACCUGCAGGAUUCAGCAGUGAAGCUUCUUUCUGAUGGACUGAAGAGUCCAAACUGUCAGCUGCAGAUACUGAGUCUUUCUGGCUGUAAUCUCACUGUUCAGUGUUGUGAGAGUUUGUCAUCGGCUCUUCAAUCCCUAAAUGGUGUCCUGAGAGAGCUGGACCUGAGUAACAAUGACCUGCAGGAUUCAGCAGUGAAGCUUCUUUCUGAUGGACUGAAGAGUCCAAACUGUCAGCUGCAGAUACUGAGUCUUACUUACUGUAAUCUCACUGUUCAGUGUUGUGAGAGUUUGUCAUCUGCUCUUCAAUCCUCAAACUGUGUCCUGAGAGAGCUGGACCUGAGUAACAAUGACCUGCAGGAUUCAGGAGUGAAGCUUAUUUCUGAUGGACUGAAGAGGCCAAACUCUCAGCUGCAGAUACUGAGGUUGUCUGGCUGUAUGGUGACAGAGGAAGGCUGUGGUUUUGUGUCUUCAGCUCUGAGUUCAAACCCCUCACACCUGAGAGAGCUGGAUCUGAGCUACAAUCACCCAGGAGAUUCAGGAGUCAAGCUGAUGGACAAACUGAAGGAUCCAAACUGCUCACUGCAGAUACUCAAUGUGGAUCAUGGAGAAGAGAUCAGGAUCACAGCAGGACUACGAAAGUGGGCCUGUGAUCUCACACUGGAUCCAAUCACAGCAGACACUUGUCUCAUUCUGUCUGAGGAGAACAGGAAGGUGAUGCGUGUGAAAGAGAAUCAGCCGUAUCCUGAUCAUCCAGAGAGAUUUGAUGAGUAUCCUCAGGUUCUGUGUGGAGAGAGACUGACUGGACGCUGUUACUGGGAGGCUGAAUGGAGCAAACGUGCUGUUAUAUCAGUGACAUAUAAAGGAAUCAGCAGGAAAGGAGAAAGGCAUGACUGUAUGUUUGGAUUAAAUGACAAAUCCUGGAGUCUGAACUGCUCUGAUAAAAGAUUCACUGUCUGUCACAAUAAGAACAGGACUGUUAUAUCUGCCGUCCGUUUAUCCUCUAAGAGAGCAGGAGUGUAUGUGGACGUGUCGGCCGGCACUCUGUCCUUCUACAGCGUCUCUGACACACACACACUCACACACUUACACACAUUCAUCACCACAUUCACUGAACCCCUCUAUGCUGGAUUUAGGCUUUAUUACGAUUCUUCAGUGUCUCUGUGUCAGAUUAAAUAACAUACACACACACACACACACACACACACAUUUGUAAAUCCUCUAACAUCCACAUGCACACAGAGUCAUCAAAUCUCACAUAGUUACAGUUUUAUUAAUUCAUUUUUAAUUAAUGUUUUUUCAUCAUUAUGUAGAAGUUAGAAAUCUACAUCAGACAUUUAUCUGUAUAGGUAAAAAAACCAUAUAAAUAUUAUGAGGUUGCUUUAAUAAUUAUAUUGUAAGCUGAUCAUCAGAUGUAAUAACAGUACAUUUGUGAUUGAUUUAAUCAUGAAUCGGUUUAUGAAUGAUUGAUGUGAACUGAUGACAGUAUGAAUAAUCAUGAAUGUAAUGAGAGAUCAGCAGAAUGAAACAGGCUGAAUUCACUCAGAAUAAAUCACGUCUUCUGAUAGUGUGCUUUAUUUUUCCACGCACUCUGAUUUAGCAGCGAUUCACUAAAUGAAUUCUGCAGAUCAGGUGACGGUACAAACACUCACAGUAUCGCUGCUGAACACAGUUUAUCACGGUGUAAAUCCAGUCUUUCAGGAGCUUCAGAGCUCAAUCUGCUGCCUUGAUCACUAGAAAAUCUUCAUCAGCAUCUCUUCUUUUGAAAUAAUUGUCUUUUAUCCUUUAUUAUGUCUCCACGAGCACAACAGCUUUAUAUGACAGGAGCAACACAAAUCUCUGUGCCUCAGACUGACUAAAAUAUCUCUGUAAUCAUAAAUCAUUACCUCCUCUACAUCUAUUUCUAACCCUACCUGAUAAACACUUUAUUCCCACUGUUAAAUACAAAUUAGGCCCUUUAUUUUAUCUUUAUUUAAAGUAAGCAUCUCUCCGAGCUGAUAUGCGAUGGGAAAAGGGAGAAGAAUGAGUUCGGAUACAGGUGGAUUUGAACCCAGGUCGGUCGGAUCAGAGUAAAUAGCUUCUGCCGACAAGGUGGGAUAUUUACUCUUUUGGUGUAAAUAAACACUCCAUUCUACAUUUGUUAUUUACUUCAUAAGUAUUAAGAAUGAGGAUUAAAAAAAUACUGUUUAUUCUAAAUAUUUUAGAUCAAAAAUAAAAUACUGUAGAGCUUGACAUUAACUAUGUAUAUUAAUUAUACAAAUGCCCAUAGUAUUUUAAGAAGUUAUUAAUUUAAUAAUAAAUUUUAGAAAUCACAAUUUUAAAUGAUGAGGUUCAUCAUAUAUUCAGGUUUUCCAAGACUGGGGGGAAAAGCCUUGUUUAAAAAUUUGGGAUUUAAACACACAAAUACAGACACAGUCACAUGACUUUAGACUAAUGAAAAUAGUUUCAGCUCAUGUAAUCCCAGUGACAGACUUUGCGGUUCACAUUCAAUCCAAAACAUUAUUUUAUUUAUAACACAUCUGUUCUCAAAUACACAAAUACUCAAAAAGCAUCUAUUUUGUCUGGUGUAUAGAGAUGUUGAUCAACACAGCACAAGCACACAUCAUAUAGGAUUUCUGUGGUCAGUAAUCAAGAUCAUAUUAAACAUUAUAUUGAUCAUCACAAGUAUAAUCCAUCCAUCAUCCUCUAAACUUAUACAAUGCGUCGGUGUGUGGUUGUGAUUGCUUUUUAAAAUUAAAAAGUCAUGAGUAAACAGUCUUUUUACAUUUUCUUGAUCCUCUAGUGCGUUUAGCUUGCUGUAUAUGUUUCUUCCUUCAAACAAACAGCUGCUCCACAUGAACUGCUGUCUGUCUGUAGCUGUGAGGUCUGUCACAUACUUUCAUGAGGAACCUGAAACACUUUCUGUUCAUCAAACACCUUUUGUCAAGAAGAAAAAAGUUUAUAGAAUUCUGCUGCAAUGCCAUCGUUGCCAUAGUGACUUGUUGAGAUGUUUUAUAGCAUCAGCUUCUUCUUCUAAGAGUAAAUCUGGAUCACAGCAGUCUAUUUCUGUUGCACUAAUUGAAUUUACAUGUUUUAGGGAAUCCAGAAAGGAAGUAUUUAUAAAGAUGAGAAUAAAAGUGAUGAGAAAAGUGAGAGAGAGCUUGAUAAUCAUCAGUGACAAGAACAUUCAUGUUCAGCUGGUGAAUUGUGUUAUGUUUACCACACUGUCUUUCAAGAUUGAAGAAAUAUGAGGGAUUUAGUUACCUUUUUCCAACCACUUAACUCUGGAUCUGACAAAGGCCCUUCUGCUUUACGUUUGUAGAUCUCAUUCAGAUCAAUUCACAUUUAUUUGUAUAGUGGUUUUCAAAAUACAUAUCGUUUCAAAGCAGCUUUAAAGAAAAUGCAUGUGUCUACAUUACAGUUUAGAGUGAUCUGUUAUCAGAGGUGACUGUGUCCAAGUAAUGUAUUUCAGCAAAUCACACAUUUAGGUAAAAUAAUGUAUUAAUAUUAGGCAGAAACAAUGAGCUCAUUGAAGUAUAAAUGAAAAAUAAAGCUUUUUUUUCUUUUCUUUUUUUUUAACAACGCCUCUCAACCCCCUGGUAUUAAGUAAAACAAGUGAUAAAGACACAAAACAAAUAGUCCAGAACAGAUUAGUGUUCAGUAUAUAAACAAGAACAAAGUAUGUCAUUUGUCGAGCCUCAUCACUUACAACAACAACAACAGAAAGUCUCUUUAAGAGUUCUGUGAAGAGUUCAUGUUACAAACUCUAUGAGCUUCUACCAGCAGCUCGAGCAAAACUCAACUUAAAUAAAACAUUACUGAAGGGUCUGGAG